UCCUCCUGCUCUCGCUGCUCCGCGAAGCCUCCGGAGCCUGGGACCCGGACCUGGAGCUGCUGGACCUGGUGGAGGAGGUUCCCCAGAGCUUCUACCAGAUGUUGUCCGUAGGCCAGGAUGCGGCAGCGGGCGACAUAAAAAAGGCGUAUAGGAGAUUGUCUCUGGUGCUGCACCCCGACAAGAACAAGGAGCCUGACGCAGAGGACAGGUUCAGACAGCUCGUGGCCGUGUACGAGGUUCUGAAGGACGAAGAGCGACGCAAACGGUACGAUGAGAUACUGGAGCAUGGUCUCCCAGACUGGAGGCAGCCUGUGUUCUAUUAUCGCAGAGUGAGGAAGAUGAGUAACACUGAGCUGUGUCUGCUCCUCUUCAUCAUCUUCACUGUGGGACACUACACUGUGCUGUGGUCCAUCUACCUGGAGAAGAUACUGGAUGAUUUGUUGAGUCGCAAGAAAAGAGAAAAGAAGAAAAAGACAACCUCCAGAGCCGAGAACGACAGGGACGACAGGUGUGACAGGGCUCAGGAGCGCCCCCACUGGCAGGACCUCCUCCCUCUGAAACUCUCCAUGUGGCUCUACGUCUCCCUGAGGAACCUCCCCCAGACUGUACAGGAGUUGAAAUGUUUUUAUGAGGAGCAGCAGCUGAUGAAGAAAAGACUCAGGGAAGAACAAGAAAAAGAACAAGAACCUCAGACCAGAGAGAGGAAGGUGAAAGUGAAGAAGCCUAAAGUGGAGUUUCCAGUUUAUGAUCCUGCCCUUGAGAACGACAGCAAUCUCCAUGGAUACGACCCCAUGACCUCCAUCGAGGAGAUCGAGGACCAGAUGGACGACUGGCUCCAGGAGAAGAAACCCAAGAAGGUCUCUGAUUGGUCGGAGGAGGAGCUGAGUUUGCUGAGCAGGUUGAUGGUUAAAUUCCCUGGAGGUACUCCUGGUCGGUGGGAGAGGAUCGCUCAUGAGCUGAACCGCACUGUGGCCCAGGUUACCACCAAAGUGAAGCAGGUGAAGGAACACGUGAGCCAUACCCCCUCAGGUCUGGUGAAACUGUCGGAGCUGAAGGCCCCGCCCCCUGUAACCUCACUUCCUGCAGAUGAUGAAAUCACACAACGAGAGGGGAUGGCCUGUGACAAGGAGGGGAAGGAGUUUCUCAUGAGGAAGCGGAACCAGUCCAAGGCCAGAGGUCGUCGUCAGGCCGACUUUGACCCCGAAGAACAGGAAGAGGAGGAGCCAGCGCCUGACCUUGUCCCCUCAGGCCUCGCCCCGUCAGGACCCACCCCCUGGACUCAGAAUCAACAGCGCCUUCUGGAAUUGGCGCUGCAGCAGUUUCCCCGAGGAACCGCCGAGAGGUGGACCCGGAUCGCCGCUGUGGUCCCUGGGAAGACCAAGGAUGAGUGCAUGUCUCGGUACAAAACUUUGGCCGAGUUGGUUCAGAAACGGAAACAAGCCAAGACCUCGUGACCUUCAACCUCUGGCUUCACUGGACUGAGAUUUCUCAUUUUCCACCAAAGUCUGUUACGGCCAAAGUCCAGACCCGGUCUGGACCAGAAACCGGUUUGAACUCUGACUCCAUCCGGUCUGGACCAGGACCAAACCCGGCCUGGACUCUGCCUCAGGAGCAGUGAUGCUCCAGUGUAUUUUUAUAUUUUCUGUCAUAUUGGACUCAUCUGUGCCUUACCCUGAAGUAUCAAGUAUUUAAAGUAUUUAUGAGGCGAGUAUUUCAUUAAACUUUUUUUUUUUUUUGAGACUCCCGUUUUUUUCAUGGCUCAAACUGUCACGAGAACAGGAUGAAAACGAGGACGCGACGAGAUAAGGAUGAGAACAGGACAAGACGAGACAAGAACGAGAACAGGAGUAGACGAGGACUAGAAUGAGAACUGGACAGGAAGCAGACAAGAACGGGAUGAGAGAAGGAUGAGAAGAGAUGAGGACAAAAAAAUGAGAAUGAGGACAAGAAGAGGACAAGGUGAGAACAGAACGAGACGAUACAAGAACAGGACAACACAAGACCGAGACUAGGACAAGAUGAGAACAGGACGAGAAUGAGAUGAUACAAGACCAGGAUGACACAAGACCGAGACGAGGAUGAGAGAAGAACAGGACGAGAAUGAACUUUUACAUUGUUUAUCAUAAAUAAACGGCUUCUGAGUAGUGACUCAGCAGAAUAAUUA